UAUCACGUGAUCCUGAGCCACACCUCUACUGGCUUCUAUUUCUCAUCUCCGACUGGUUGUUGUACUUGCAUUCUGUUUCCUUUUCACUGAUUAUCUCUCUCACUCUAGCAAGAGAUUAAGGAGGAUAGAGCAUCUGAUAGGGGGACAGAAUGGCCAACGGGAUAUUUUGUCAGAACUUUUGGGGCUCCGAUUUUUGUUCCACGCAAGGCUAUGACGUGUUAGUGAAGCGGCUGAAGGAAGGGAAGCAAGUCCUGGUCGAUUAUGAGGAAUAUCUUGAGAAAAGAGCCAAGAUUGAAAAACAGUAUGCAGAGGAGAUUGUGAAAUUGGCCAAGAAUACUUCGGGAAAAGAUGAAUUAGGUACAAUGAAGAAGUGUUGGGAUCAAAUAAGAGCUGAGACUGAAACCACAGGUCGACUCCACAUGCAACUGUCAUUAAGACUCCAAGAUGAGGUACUGAAGUCAGUCCGAGACUUUAGAAACCAACAGAAAGAAGUCAGAAAGAAAACUGAAGACACUGUCAAACGAUCAGCUGUUCAUAAGAAGAAUUGCUAUGAUAAGAAUAAUAGACUGCGUUCAUAUUACGAAGGAAAGUGUAGGGAAUCCGAUAAGGCUCAGGAUCAGUUACGCAAACUUGAAACAAACCCACUAACCAAACCCAAAGAUCACAUGCAGGCACACAAGAAAGCUGAGGUAGCUAAGACAGCAAGCAAUAACGCUGACGUGCAGUAUCAGGAAGCUGUGAAGACACUAGAAGAAGCAAGGAUGCUGUGGGAGAGAGAGAUGGAGCUUAUGUGUCACAAGUUCCAAGAGCUGGAGGAGCAGAGACUGGCCUUCCUUCGUCAUCAAAUGUGGACUUACACUAACUUUUGCUCUCAGACUCUUGUUGAUGAUGAUGAAUCUCUUGAAAAUAUUCGUAAAUCACUUGAGAACUGCAAUAUUGAUGAAGACAUUGAAUUAUUUGUUAAAGACAGGAGCACUGGGUCUGAAAGACCAGCAACCAUACCAUACGAGAACUUUUAUAAUCCUCGGGCAGUUAUAGCAGGAGUACCCACUGCAGUCUCACUAGAGGCACCUCAUAAAGAGCUACCACCACUACCACCUGAUGAGGAUAAUGAAAUAGUUAUUGAAAGUACAUAUUCAGUUCCUCAAUUACCUGAGGCUCAUUACAGUGUCCCCAGAUCUGGCGGUGAUUAUGUCAUUGCUCUUUAUGAUUAUGAUGCUCAAGGGGACCAGGAAAUAUCACUAAAGGAAGGAGAUGUCUUGGAAGUGGUUGGCAAAGAGGAUGAUAUCUGGUGGUGCGGGAAAUUUAUUAAUUCUGGAGGCAAACUGGGCAUGUUUCCAGCUGCUUAUGUAGAACCAUACGUCUCUCAUAAAUGACCCUCCCCAUAAACCACUUGUACAUGCAACAAUGCACUCACAAGAAUGUAGAUUUGUCUUUAAGAGUUUGAUUAUUUUUCACCCACUGCUUUUAUUAUUAUUAUAAUAUUAUUAUUAUUAUAAUUAAAUUUUAUUAUUAUUUAGUUUUCAACUUUUCGUAUUGUCUCAUUUUUAAUGUUAA